AUGUUAUUCCAUUUUUUUGUAAUACAAAUAUCCUCUCAAUGUCCUGAAACUGACGUAUUAGAUGUUUCAAACGAUAUAACUACAAUAGAUCCCAAUCAAUAUGAAAAUUGCGCUGAAAUAAAAAACAUUAAUUUUCCAAAUUCAUUACAAAUUAUAGGAGAAAGUGCAUUUAAAAACUGUAUAGGUUUAACAAAGCUCGAUUUCCCCGCAAAAUUAGAAAUAAUCAAUGAAAAUGCGUUCUCCUUUUGCAAGAAUCUACAAACAAUUACAUUUGCGAAUCCAAACACAGUCAUUGGAGCAUAUUGCUUCACAAACUGUAACAAUUUAAAGACAAUAUCUUUACCUGCUGCAUUAAAAGAAAUUAAAACUUCAACUUUCGAAAAUUGCAUCAAUUUAAACAUUAUAGAGUUACCGCCUAGCCUAAGUAUAAUUGGGGAUUGCGCUUUUAAAGCUUGUUCCGCCUUAAAUUUUUCGAAAUUCCCUGAUACUCUUAUUUCUAUCGGAAAUGAAUCAUUUUCUAAUGGAGUUGGUAUAAGUGACUUAGUUUUUCCAGAAAAAUUACAAAAAAUUGGAAAAUCUGCAUUUUAUAAUUCUCAACAAAUUAAAUCAAUAGAAUUUUUAGGCGAAAACGUUCAAAUAGGCGAUAAUUGUUUCUCUCAAUGCUUUGUUUUAGCUCAAAUCAAAUUUCCUAGUAAAUUAAAACAAAUUUCAAGUUAUUUGUUUGAUAAUUGUUUUAUGAUCACUAAAAUCGAACUUCCUGAUACAAUAGAAACAAUUGGAGAAUUCGCUUUUAAUAAGUGUAAACAUCUUACUGAAAUUCAAAUUCCAAAACUUGUCAAAUCUCUUCCAGAAAUGGUCUUUUUGGAUUGUAGCAAUCUUGUAACAUUGAAGUUGAAUGAGAACUUGAUUUUUAUAGGUUUAGGUUGUUUCGAGAAUUGUAAAAUUGAUCAAUUAAUUUUACCAAUUUCUCUAAAAAUAAUUGGAGAUUACGCGUUCCAUAAUUGCAAAGAAUUAAGAUUUGUUCAGAUGUAUAACAAAGUUACAGAAAUAGGAGAAGGUUGCUUUAAAGAUUGUGCGUCAUUGGAAAAGAUUUCUUUGUCAAAUUCACUAAAAGAAAUUUCUGAAUUUUCUGACAAAAAUUGUUUUGCCAGAAAAAGUGACAAAUCUUUCUAA